UUAUUUAUUUGUACUGAAUAACAGAUUCAUUGUGCCUUGUAGUUAAAAUGAGCUGAUUUCAGUCGUCCUAGUGGAGAGCCUGUCGUGGACCAUUUUAUCUCGGAGGGGAAGGCGGCAGAGAUGCAAGCAGGCUGCUGUCAGAGGACUUGUGUUGCAUCUCUGCUCUUUAAAGCUAUUCUGAAUGUACAUAGGAGUAUGGGAAAUGCAGAUAUAUGCCACAGAGUCUGUGCAUUGUACCAUAAGAUGGCUCUGAUAUAAGAUACAUUUAAUUUUACUCUUUUUUUCUUUUGGUACUCUGAAAGGGGUGUUUUAAAGUGGGUGGGGAGGUGUUUGGGGGGCUCUUUUAAAGAUAAAUAUUCGUAUAUGAAAUAUAAAAAAAUAUUUGCACACUAUAUUUUGAUCGCUUUUUUUUGUACCAAAGACACAUGCAACGAUAAAUGGCUACUAGCCAGACUAAGUAAGGUUUUGCACAGCUUACCUGACACCGUAUUGAAUGUAGGAAAAGUGACUGGGGUCAGGGAUUUUCAACGAACUGUGAAAUUAGCUUGGGUCCAAUUAUCAACAGAAAGAAGCAUUCACGUGCAUGGGCAUAGUGUCCCCCUGUACUGUUAGCAUGGAGGUUGAUCCAUCGCAGUGGAGGCACUAAUGUUGAGUUGAUUCCUGCAGUUCAUUUUCCCAUUACUUUAUUUUUUUUUCCUUUUUGGUUGUGGUUGCUUUAGUGCUUAGCCAGGCGUAUAUUAUAUACACACACCUAUAUAUAUAUAUAUAUAUAUAUAUAUAUAUAUAUAUAGAGGUUACCUUUAUAAUUAGCUUUAUUUUUGCCUAUGUGUUGUGUAAUGAUAAAUAACCAAAAGGUUUAUUAUGUUCGGUAGUUUUAUUAUUUGUAGAUUAGUGUACAAAUCCCUGUAUAUGAUAUGCAUAUAUGUACGUGUCUCGUGUUCUCUAGUACUGUAUUCUUCCAUUCUCAAAAACCACACAAGAAUUCUAAAAUGCCACUUUACCAAGCAUGCCACAUCAGAGGAAAUUAGAUGGGGAGGAAAAUUGAAAACGUAAAAAAAGUCUGUAUAUUUUUUUUUUUUUUUUUACUGAUUUGCCUUGAGUCUUUCUGAUUGGGUUGUGAAAUAAAAGGCUGUGUUUUUGGUCUUUUUAUCGGAUGUUUCUGAGCACAUUAGGAAGCCUUCAGCACUCCCUCUGUGAAUAGGUCACUUUUAGUUUGCUUGACUAACUUAGAACAGAAUCAUUCGAUAUGAUCUCUUAGAUACCUACUUGCUCCUCCGUAAGUCCGGUCAGAUAUCUCGGAUGAAUAGCUUGCUCAUUCUGAAAUGCUCUACAUAAAUAUUGUGUUUUAGCCUCUGUUACAUUGUGUCUUUGAUAUGUACUGCUCAGAUUAUUGCGUUUUGUCUGGUUGUACUAGUUGAAGCUGAGGAGGUGUGUGUGUGUUGUUUUUGUCCGUCUUGGCUCACGUCUUAAGCAUUGAGGCCAGUAAGGCAUAUUGAUGUUGACAAAAUUUUUGUUGUCUCUUAUUGUCAAUGAUUUUCACAAAAGGAGAGAAGCUAUCAAAUUAAUUCCAUUACCAGUGCUAACUGAAAUAUUUCAUUAUUAGUUUUUGUUAUAUCUACAGAAUAGUGGAGUUGAUAUUAAUCAAAUGAUUCAAGUGUCUUGACAGUGACACUUUGUUGUCCUGAGUUAGUCAGAGAACUGGCAAGAAAGAUGUGUAUCACUGAGCCCUUAAAAGUUAUUUGAAAGAAUAACAAGAUUCACUCCUAAAAGUCUUCCCUGACUUGGUAUACCAAAUUGAAUUUAGUUACUAGUGACUCGCACUUUUUGGUAUCUUUGCAUCAGAGCAGCAUGACUAAGAUUUACGAUUAAAUAUAUGUAAGAGAAUAAAUGAAUGAACGUAGGGUUGGCUAAAUAAAAAUUUUGCUCUUGUGCGCUCUCCUCUACAAGCUUACAGAUUUGGCCCUGUAAGUCUUAGAGCUGGUCGAAGGCAGGUAAGCUUAAGUGUAGGCUGCCCUCUCUGUGUACCAGUUUAGCUUUGACUCAUAAAACUCUUGGACACAGCACUGUCUUUUGAACCCUGCCUUUCUCCACGUAGCUCAAGUCCCGGGAUCAGACCCUGGUAUGAAUUUUUAGUUCAAUCCAAGAAGGGAAAAUCCUUUAUCUCUUAAAGCAUGAUGGAUAUUUAAAUAUUCGUUAUUUGAUUUUUUUUUUUUUUUUUUUUUUUGAAGGAGAAAAAAUAGAACAUACCUAUUUUUCUUUUUGUUGUGAUAACAGUGUAGUUAAUAAUUCCCUUUAUACCGUCCAAUGUUUUACUAUUGUUGUUGCAGUGUUCUCUCUAAAUGUUGAUACCUAUAUUAUGUAUACAGUUAUAUAUUACAAGCUCUAUAUUACAUGUAAGAGAAAGAAAGCACUUUGUUAAAAAUAUGAAAAAGAUUAAGAAAAACAAAAAAAAAAGAAAUGCAUUUUCCUUCCAUUUUGCUGCUAAACUGGCCUCGUUUGAAUGCUGCAGAGAGUACUUGACUUAAACAACCUGAGCAGGUCAGAGAUGGAUGAGGAGGUCUAGGGGUGAAACGCCUCUGGUGAUCGGGCCCUGUGUGUGUGUGUGUGUGUGUGUGUGUGUGUGAUGACUCUGAUGUCAUGAAUUCAUUUGCCUUCAGUAGACAUUUCCUAUGGAAAAAUCAAACUCUGCUCUGGGUUCCUCUUCAGGUUGAUGUACAGUGUAGACACAUUUCUUCUGGGGUGAUUCCAGAGAGUGCUAUUGUCAUAUAUAUAUAUAUACAUAUAUAUAUAUAUAUAUAUAUAUAUUUUUAAAAGUUAAAAUGAUUUGAAAACAAAAGUAAUUUGUACUUGUACACAGUGGGGGAAGCUCUGAGAUGCAGCAGUAAACCACACAUGUUUCCUGUACGUAGCUCAGAAGGAAAUCUAUAUCUCUGUACUGUAUGGCAAAGGCAUUUGCCGCUAUGGGGAACCGAUACUGAAAAGCCUACCUUUUGCCUUUUCCCCCACCCAUCCAUUUGUUGGAGAAAAAGCUAAAACGCAUGUUUCAAGUGCAAGUUUAUUCUUUUUUUUUUUUGUUCUCCAGAAGUAGCUCCUUUAUAGUGUUGUCUACAACCAAGCAGACAUACGUGAAAACGAUGUUGCGUAACGUGUGCAUCGUGCUCAGAAGCGAUAUCCAUCCAUCUGUACAGCAAGGCAUGGACAGAGAGGAGUCUUGAGAAGUAGAGGAUUUUCCAUUGUGCAUGUUGAUCUCGAUCUAGUGUUUUAUGGGUAGAAAGAUUGGGGCUCGGACAGGGGCAUCAGUGGCAUGUUAUCGCAGGUUAGUUAGUUUGUUUGUUUGUUUGUUUUUUACAUUGAGCUGAAUGGACACAAGCUGUGCAACUUUACAGUAUAUCAGGAGACUCUGUGGCAUUUUAACAGUCAAGGAAAAGGUUGUAAUUCAAAGCCAGUACUCGUUUAAAAUGUUUAUUUCUUAUAUCCUCACAUACAUUACUGAGAUUAAGCUACUGCAUCACGCUACUAUAUGCUUAGCAGGAAAUUCAUUUUUUUUUUUAAAAAAAGGGGGCUUUUGUCGCUAAUCUAAAAUAAUCUAAUCUAAUCUAAUUUGUGUCAUGCAUAUUUCGGCAUGAACACAAUUUAGAAGGAUGGAAUUUUGUCAGACCAUUUGUUUUUGAUCAGCCAUAAUGUGUUUUUUUGAUUUAAAAAAAAAAACAAAAAACAAACUAACUGAAGAAUCAGUGAAAAUGAAAAGGAUGUGAAGACCUGUAACGCAAUAUGGACUGAAAUCACUGGGAUGUAUCUCCACAGUCUAACAUUGUCUAACAAGUAUCAUAUUCCUUGGAAAUGCAAAACUACUUAAUUGCCUGCUUACUCAAGGUAGCACUAGCUGCUCCAAAAGGGAAAGAAAUUGGCUCUCUUGUUUCUGAUCUGCCCUGAGCUUUGACCAUAGUUCUCAACAUGUUGUAUAGUCCAGAAAGAUGCUGCUACAUCCCUUGCUAAAGCCUCCUGCUACCCUGUGGCAUGAGGGUGUUGGUGGGGCUGCAGUAAGCCAGACACUCGCUCAAAGUCUGCGCUCUGACACUGAGAGCUGCUCAGACAGGCUGUAAGGCUCUGUGUAAGAAUCAUUCCUGUUGUCGCAUUUUAUAUAGAUCUCUAAAGCUUUCUGCAUUAUAAAAGUCCCUGUAGUUGAUGAUCGUCCGAGAGAACCAGAAUAAAGUUCUAGCUGUGCCCAUGCUCCGGAACACAGUACCAUCAAACUUAGUUGGGUAGAAUUUCAACAUGUUACUUUUGUCCCUUUAAAAAAAAAAAAAAAAAAAAUUUGUCCACAUCAGAGGAGAGAUGUGUCAGUCAUUUUCUCUCUGUCUCCCUCUCUCUCUACUCGACUGAUUUUUGGCAUGCAUAUUCUUUUAGUCAGGUGUUUAGUUCAUGUCUAGAACUUUAGGAUCCUUAUUAGUGCGCUAUGCAGGCUUUUACUCCUUUGAGUAUAGCACCAUAUUGUGCAGUUUCCAGCUCUGUCCUCUCCUCUCCAUUCUUUUGUUUUUUGUUUAUUUUGUAUAAAAAGUUAUUUUUUCAGCUUCAUGGAUGCUUCCUAUGAGGUAAAUUCUUCUGAUGAGUUUUUUGUAAAGUUAUUAUCUCUAAGUUCAUCAGGUGAAUCAUGUUGUUUUUGUUUUUGUUUUUGUUUAGAGAGGAGAAGUCAUAAACCAUUUUGCUGAUGGAAGCUUGUGUUACUGUUGCUAAAUAAAACACCCUAUUUUCAACAUAUGUAACCUGUUGAAUGCUGUAGGCCUUUUUCUUCAAUUUUGUUGUUUGUUUGCUUGUUUUGCUUUUCGCGCACUUAUUUCAUGGACCUAAUUGAAAAAAAAAGCUUUGUAGUGCAACGCUAAACUCUUGUCACACUGAUCAAGUGUCUCUUACAAAAAGUGCUCCCUCAUGUGAACAGUUUUCUUUUAUAGACUUGUAUACUGUAUUACACAAUCUUGCCGAUCAGAAGUUGUUCAGAAGCAUUACAGAAGCAUUCCUACAUAUCAUCACUGCAGAUGUCCCUCUUUGCUUGUUAGAGCCUCCCCUAUGCUCUAAAGCUGUAUGUUGUGUGUGUAUAUAGACCUUUAUUUUUGGUAAUGAUAUGGUAUCUUUAACAUGAAGCACUUCAAUGCAGAGAGUAUGUGAAAGGCAUGGACACUGUGCAUGUAGAUCCAGCUCAUUCGACGUGUGUAUGCGUUCUUAUUUGUCAUUGGAACAGAGCUGUUGACAUGAGCGUCUUGAAUCAAGGGCUGCCCAUGUUCAAGGUUGCCACCCACCAUCUCCAAGCAUAACCAAUGAGCACAAGUGUAGAAAGAGGAGGAUUUGUAUAGGGUGCCUCAUAGCUUCACAUGCAGUUAAGCUAUCCUUGGCGUUCCAACUAUUUUUAUGACAAGAAUAUAGUACAAUAAACUACAAAAAAUAACCCGUAUUGCACUCAUAUUUUGUUUCCAAAAAAUCCAACAUUUAUUUUUAAUACGAUGCCUGCAAAAUCAGGUGCCUUAUUCAAACCGAUGAGAAUCCAAACUUGAUCUACAUAUACUCUUAAAAAAAAAAAGUCUUGACAUUUUUUUUUUUUUUUUUUUUUAUGGAUACACAAUUGUCCUUCUCCCGUCAUGCCAAGAAUCUAAACACAAUGUGUUGUGACAUUUUGAAAAACAAUUGUAUGGAGUGGUGGUGAAAUUGUACAGAUGGAAACUGUCGCUGCUCUGCCUCUCGCAGGUUCCAUUUUAAUGAUGAAUGUAGUCUUCCUUCAAAUGAUUCAAUUGAAUAUUGAGAGAAGAACUUCUUACUCAAAGAUAUGUCCAGUGUAACAUUGGGUGAGAGGCUUUCCAAAGAGUGCUGCAAUCAUGGUAUAGAUUAAUUUGAGCUCUUUCUGGAGUUGUCCUUCUUUCUGUAAACUUUUUUUUUGUUAUUCUUUUUGUAUUUAUGCUCAUCUGUAAGUUGGUGCACAAGUUUGAAUUGUUUGAUUGAAUUGUUAUUUGCCUUUUGUACUUGGCCCUCAAUUAGACUUGCCAUGCCAUUACGCUGUUUAUCUUGACAUGUUUUCCUGAGUUUCCACGUCACUGACAUUGACUUCAGUAGAAGUACAUGAUUCCACAUGAUGAAUUAUUCUCUCUCUCUGAGCUACACGGUAGGCCCCUGAACUGCCUUCCAUGGGUCUGCGGUCUUUUAUUUUUUGGAGAACUCUCCACUGCAAAGGUAGAUCUAACUCGCUAAAAACAAUGACAAACCCUCAAGAGUUGUGUCCUCACAAAUGUGCAAGAUAACUGUGCCUCUCGAUUCCUCGGUCUCUACUGUGCUCUAGACUGCUGGCUUAUCUCUGUACUCCUGGAGCAAUGUCACACAGACACUGAAGAAUACACUUCAAUCAUACACUUAUACAUACAUACAUACACACACACACACACACACACACACACACACACACACACACACACACACACCAACCAACCAACCAUUUGCAGAUGGCCUUCCGCAGUCUUUCAUCAUGGACAGAUGAAAACAAGGUUAACGUCAACACAACAUGACACACACACCGAGGGGGCGCAUUGUUGAAACCCAGAUCUGUCCGGAACCAGAGACCGCCAUGGAGAGGAGUGACUGGACUGGACUCAAAAACAUGGUGCUCGCGGGCCAGGACCCGGACUCUCAGCUCAGUAUAGCAGGGUAUGGCGAGGGUCGCGUCCUGUCUUUUCCUGCCCUGCAUUCCUCCUGGAAGGUUGGCCAUUGCUUCAUUUCCUUCUCCUUUUGGUUCUUUGGAGAAAGUCUGUCAAUCCUCAGUCGUAGUGAGAUGUAACACACGCACACACAUCUCUUCACACACACACACACAAACAUGAAGUGGAAAAACUUUCCUUUUGGAGACAUUGGGUAGGAGUUGUAUCUCACCACCCAUGGUGCUGAAUUAGACAUUUAAAAAAAUGAGUUUGGAAAAAAAAAAAAUCUACUUGAACAGCCUAAGUGACUGAGAGCCAGACUUGGCACACCAUCCUUUUUUUUGUUUUCUCGGCGCGACUGAGGAAGGCACCAUCGCGACUCCCUGUGGCAGUGGCAGAACCAUGAGCUGCUUCUCACUGCGUAGACACCAGUGCCAAGGCCUUGCCCCACUCCCCCACCCCCCACACAAUAUGAUGGCAGACUAUCGGAGUAACUGCUGAGUGGGAACCGAGAGGAAUUGCCAAGGGCCUGUUUGGAACUGAAGGCAAAGAGGAAUUCAGAAUAGCAUGGGUGGCUAUGGGCACAGAUCUCUUACCCUAGCACUGAAGUGUUUGGGUCACCCUCCUCUGCACUGGACUCGUGUAGACCGACAGACAGCCAACCCGUACCGAUUACAACUCUGCGAAACUCUCUCCACUUGUGUACACACACACAGGGGGACAGACAUACACAUUGCAGUGAUUUACAUUUCCUUCCAAACUUGCCAAAAUUAAACAUAAUGGUGUGAGAGCAAAUUUGACCUUUGACAUUGGUUGUGGUUACGGCAAACAAGAACCACCAAAAUCCAUACAACACACUCAAUUCAAGACAAUUACUAAGAGUCUCACCCAUCCUUUAAGAAUGAAAAAAAGUCACACGGUAACUCAUGAUCUUGAUGUAAUGCUUCUGAUGUUGUAUGGUAAACUUCUAGAUAAUUUAGCAUGGGAUCUUUACGUAGCUAGUACUGUGUGCGUAUUCCCCAGUGUAAAAUCUAUUGUCACCUUAGGAAGGCUGUAUUUCAUUGCUAAGUGCUCUGUUCUAGAACUCUUGGUGAAAUUCUUAAGCAAAUCUGCAGAAGCGUAUCCUGCUGACGUUAACAUUUAACUUGAUCCUAUUAGCAAUGUCUAUAUUUGUAGUUCACAUAUAUGCCUGUUCAAAUACAAUAUCUUGACAGUUGUUAUAUUUAUGUUUAAAUGUUGUGCUGGGUUUAUACUUUUGAUGUUCUUCUCUUGUUUUCUUUUCCAUUUUUGUUUUGAUUUUUUUUUUUCUUUUUUUCCUUCUUUUAUUUUUGAGGCAUAAUUAGUUGGAGACUUCAUUUAGAUCAUUGAGCUUUGUAAAUGUCCAGAUGUGAAGUAGGCUUUAGAGUCUCAGUUGUGAUUGAUUUUGUAAAGAUGUCUGCUUGUAUAAUUGUGCCUCAUUUUUGUUUGUUUAUUUGUUCUUGUUUUCUAUCAUUAUCCUUAAUUAUGUCACACCAUUGUAUCAGCCCGGAGUUGGUACCACAGUUUUGCUUGUAACCAUGAUAGUCUAAUUCUGUUAUUGAUUUUAAUAUGAAAAUAAACUUUAGAAACCAUUGUUUUUUUCUCGUUAAUGUAAUAAAACAGAACUUGCAUUGUUAUUUUGACAUUAGGCAUUAGCUUGAUGAAUAGAUCUAAAUACAAUUGCAUUCACUUUACACUACUGUGGCACAACGCGCAAAAUCAUAGCAGGUUGGCUAUAGUCAAUUAAUUUAAAUGCUUACCAAAGUCACAUUCAGUAAAACAGUCCACCUUAAAUAUAUCUUAAAUAUAUCUAAGCCUAGGAAUAGGCUAAGCACACUGGAACAUGAUGAACAUAUGACUAUGCCUCCAUGAUGAUCAUAACUACUACUACUUAAUUGUGUAGAAAUAUAAGUUAGACCACUUUGUUACUUAGAGUAACUUAGGAAGAGGUGGACAUUACAACUACCGGUAUUCAGUUUCAUCCAGUCUAUAAUAAAGCCCUGUAGGCGGCAGUAAUGAGCCUAACAGGGUUAAGUCAACCACCACAAAAGAGCACACAGAGAUGUUUAGCCAAUCAUCGAGCACCAUUUUCCAAAACAAAAAAGAUGGCGGUACUUUCAGAUUUUAGAGUCCGAAUUUGUAGUCAAGAAAUCAUCAAACAUGACUUACAACUCAAGGCACUUAUACAGGAUAUAAACGAUUGCCUCGGACCCCAACAUGUACUGGAUGAGUUGAAUUUCCAAGUAAAAGUCAAGUUCCGUCAGCUUAGACGCAGGAUACAGGGUUUAGAACAGCUGGCAAAGGAACAAGACAGUGAGAAAGAUAAAAAUAUUAUCCUGUGUGAGGCAGAUGGACAUCGAAAACAGAUAUUGAGUAAUCAGGCUGCGUGGCGGAAGGCAAAUCUAACCUGCAAGCUCCUCAUAGACAGUAUGGAGAAGGAUGAACUACUAAACAGGGGAAUCAGUACAGUCAGACCUAGGAAGACCACCAAGGAGAGCCUGGCUGAGAUGAGCAGUGACAUCACUGAGUCAAUCAUGAUCAUCAACCAGCUGAUGUCCGAACAGGUCAAGCAGAGUGAGGGGACUGUUAGCCACUUGGUAAUCUCCUCGAGGACUGUUCUGGAGACCAAUGAGGAGUUCAGGGCACUGAACGGGGCCAUCCAUUUAGGAAGGAAGCUGAUCUUAAAAUACAAUCGUCGAGAGGUCACAGACAAACUCCUCAUCUUUCUGGCCCUGGCCUUGUUUCUGGCCACAGUAGUCUACAUUGUGAAGAAAAGACUCUUCCCUUUCCUUUGACAGCCAUAAAGACAUGAUCCUGAUGAGUGGGAAAAGAGAAAUGGGUUUCCCCUUUUGUACUUUCUGUCAAAGAAAAGGUUGUUGGAAGAGCAGGACAAGAACCUUUGCCAAUACAGGGUGAAUGAAAGGGAUAUAUAUAUAUAGCGGACUUGGAGUGUCUUAAGUGAACAUUCCUGUGACUAGACUAGAAUAGGAGAGUUUUAACUUAUGUUGUGUGGAAUAAUCUAUACCUGUUUUUUGCACUGGCUGUUGUUUUAAAUGAGGUGAAUGUGAAUAGUUUGUAUAGUGAACAAGAGGAAACUUGUAUCUUAAACAUGCUGCAUUCCAAACCCUUGAUGUGAAAACCAGGACUACUGUCAAUAUGCUAAAGCAAUGCAAUUAUGAAGCACCAAUUUUUAUAGAUUCUUUGUCGAAUUUCAAGAGAUUUUAUCCAGCCACAAGUGGAAUAAAUAUCUUAUCCUGA